AUGCAAUUCAACGAUGCACCAAAGGUUCUUGCCAAUGCAAUUCGGCAGGCAAAUGAUUUUGACCUGAAUCGAAAUCCCCCAAGCAGUGGAGUCUGCCCGAUAGAGGCUCAACAAACUCGCCAAGUCUUAUACGUUCUAGACAAAGAGUUUUCUUUGCACUCGGGCCUACCGCCGAUGAUUCGAAUGAGCCACCAAGCAGCUGACCCUAUACAGCACGGAAAUGAAGACGCUGGUGAUGUUCUAAGAUAUUUUUAUUCCCUUGCAACAAUGGAAGAGGAAAUAUACGAAGAGCUAUAUUCAGCAACAGCUCAAGAAAGACCUGGAAUGGAUCUUCUCGACGCCUCCUUCAAACUGGAACGAAAGCUUCGAACGUGGAGAAACGAAUUAUCAUUUGAUACAAGCUACACCGAUGGCUUAUCUUCACAAUCUAACCAAGCCAUUCUCUUAUCACUGAUGUUCAACAACUGUCUCAUUACAAUACAUCGACUACCAGCUAUCCAUUGUCCAAAAACAGGGCUUUAUUCGUGCCAUGCGGGUUCUAAUUCUGAGAUUGCCGGUUGGAUUGACUUGGCAAAGAAAAUUCGCACAGAGGCCGCUUUAUCGUGCAUUGAGUCAGUGCAAAAAUUAAAAGUUGAUGGUCCCUGGCCUUUUUGGUUACUACCCUCACCUAUCAUUGUCAGCCUUAUCCUUCUGCUUACAACUAUUAUAUACGACCCCGAGACUUCUCUGGCGAGCCAAAUUGUGGAUAGCAUCAAUUCAGGAGUGGAGUUGAUGCGAAUGCUGAACGAUAAAUCAUGUGGGGAGUUCAUGCAAAUGCUCAGAAUAGCAGCGGGUACUGCAAAUAUAGCACGCAAGCUUCAGCAAAGAAGCCAAGACGAUAUUGCAGCUCGGAAGAUAGCGCAAGUCGCACUUGAGAACGCUGUAAUGGAGCUUCGCCGCGGUAUGCGGCCAAGAAAUCGAAAUCAACUAUCACAGCAGCCAAGAUCAUCUAAAAAGCCACCUGAUAGGAUGCCUGAGCGUGAAGAAUUACAUUACGACACUGCAAGCGCACAGCCAUUUAGGGAUGAUACUACUGGCAUUCAAAUGAGCACAGUCCAACUGGACCCAUGGCAGUCGCUAUCUUCGAUUGGAGAAUUGGAUCCUUCGCCCAGCGCUUGCGAUUGGAGCACAGGUAAUAGUGCUACCUCUGGACUGUCAGAGCCAAUUAUCUGGGAGGAUUUUAUCUCGAGUACCUCAACUCUGACAUAA